CGAGCCGUUCCCGCCCUCGCCCAGCGCCCAGGUAGCUGCGAGGAAACUUUUGCAGCGGCUGGGUAGCGGCACGUCUCCCGCUCCUUAGGGCCACUGCCAGGCUUGCUGAGUCCUGGGACCGCUCUCGCCCCCGCUGCCACUCUCCCGCUCUCUUCUCGCUCCCGGGGAAGCAGGAUGGCAGGGCCCGUGCGCACCGCGUGCUUGGUGGUGGCGAUGCUGCUCAGCUUGGACUGCCCGGGACAGGCACAGCCCCCGCCGCCGCCGCCGGACGCCACCUGUCACCAGGUCCGCUCCUUCUUCCAGAGACUGCAGCCCGGACUCAAGUGGGUGCCUGAAACCCCGGUGCCAGGUGAGGAGUCGUCCCUCGCGCGUUCCCCGCGCCCGGCGGUGAGCCAAGGGGCGCAUGGUGGAGGAUCAGAUUUGCAAGUAUGUCUCCCCAAGGGCCCAACAUGCUGCUCAAGAAAGAUGGAAGAAAAAUACCAACUAACAGCACGAUUGAACAUGGAACAACUGCUUCAGUCUGCAAGUAUGGAGCUCAAGUUCUUAAUUAUUCAGAAUGCUGCAGUUUUCCAAGAGGCCUUUGAAAUCGUUGUUCGCCAUGCCAAGAACUACACCAAUGCCAUGUUCAAGAACAACUACCCGAGCCUGACCCCACAAGCUUUUGAGUUUGUGGGUGAAUUUUUCACUGAUGUAUCUCUCUACAUCCUGGGUUCUGACAUCAACGUGGAUGACAUGGUCAAUGAAUUGUUUGACAGCCUGUUUCCAGUCAUCUAUACCCAGCUAAUGAACCCAGGCCUGCCGGAGUCCACCUUAGACAUCAAUGAAUGCCUCCGAGGGGCAAGGCGUGACCUGAAAGUAUUUGGGAAUUUCCCCAAGCUUAUUAUGACCCAGGUUUCCAAGUCACUGCAAGUCACUAGGAUCUUCCUCCAGGCCCUGAAUCUCGGAAUUGAAGUGAUCAACACAACUGAUCACCUGAAGUUCAGUAAGGACUGUGGCCGAAUGCUCACCAGGAUGUGGUACUGCUCUUACUGCCAGGGACUGAUGAUGGUUAAGCCGUGUGGUGGCUACUGCAAUGUGGUUAUGCAAGGCUGUAUGGCAGGUGUGGUGGAGAUUGACAAGUACUGGAGAGAAUACAUUCUGUCUCUCGAAGAACUGGUGAAUGGCAUGUACAGGAUCUAUGACAUGGAGAAUGUACUGCUUGGUCUCUUUUCUACGAUCCAUGAUUCCAUCCAGUAUGUCCAGAAGAAUGGAGGAAAACUGACCACCACUAUUGGCAAGUUAUGUGCCCAUUCUCAACAACGUCAGUAUAGAUCUGCUUAUUAUCCUGAAGAUUUGUUUAUUGACAAGAAGGUAUUAAAAGUUGCUCAUGUAGAACAUGAAGAAACCUUAUCCAGCCGAAGAAGGGAACUAAUUCAGAAGUUAAAAUCUUUCAUCAGCUUCUAUAGUGCUUUGCCUGGCUACAUCUGCAGCCAUAGCCCUGUGGCUGAAAACGACACCCUUUGCUGGAAUGGACAAGAACUCGUGGAGAGAUACAGCCAAAAGGCAGCAAGAAAUGGAAUGAAAAAUCAGUUCAACCUCCAUGAGCUGAAAAUGAAGGGCCCUGAGCCAGUGGUCAGUCAAAUUAUUGACAAACUGAAGCACAUUAACCAGCUCCUGAGGACCAUGUCUGUGCCCAAGGGUAGAGUUUUGGAUAAAAACCUUGAUGAGGAAGGGCUUGAAAGUGGAGACUGCGGCGAUGAUGAAGAUGAGUGUAUCGGAGGCUCUGGUGAUGGAAUGAUGAAAGUGAAGAACCAGCUCCGCUUCCUUGCAGAACUGGCUUAUGAUCUGGACGUGGACGAUGCUCCUGGAAGCAAGCAACAUGUGAAUCAGAAGGACAAUGAGAUAGUUGCCUCUCACAACCUCGGGAACGGCCCUUCCCCCCUGAAGAUUCUCACCAGCUUGGCAGUCUCCGUGGUGUGCUCUUUCCUCCUGGUGCACUGACUGCCAAGGUCACCGCACACGUGCUGCCCCUUCAGCACCCUGUGGUCUCCCUCUAUAAAGGGAACCACCUUUUUCUUUUUUUCUAUUUUUUUUAUCUUAUAUACCUCCUCCAGCCAUUAAGUAGAAGACUAACCAUGAGUUACGUUUUCGAAAAUCAAAUGGUAUCUUUAUGAGGACGGUAAAUUUUAGUGGUAGUAUAGAUUGUCCUUUUGCAAUGAAAAAAAAAAUCAGAUUGUGCCAAAUUAUUUUCCUAUGUUUGGCUGCUAGAACAUGGUUACCAUGUCUUUCUCUCUGUCUUUCCCUUUGCAUGGAUUUCUUUGGAAAAAAAAUAAAUGCUCAAAUAAAAAUG